AUGUCUCUCACAGCAGUAUCUCUCAUCCUCCUCACUCUCACACCAGUCACAGCAACAUGCUACUGGCCCAACGGCAACACAGACAACAACUACAUCCCCUGCCCCAAUAGCAAAUCCUGCUGCCUCAAGGGCGAAGCAUGCCUCUCCAACGGCCUCUGCUACGGCGCAACCCUCAACAUCGCCUAUCGCGGUGCCUGCGCCGAUAAAUCCUGGCCGGCCCAGGAGUGUCCGCAUGUUUGUCUUGAUUCGAUCCCUGACCACUGGGCAAAUCUCUACUCGUGCCCCAAUUCCUCGACGAACGUAUUCACAUGCGGGUAUGCGGGGUGGGCGACGGACGUCUGCAGUGCGAAUCUGGGGCAGUGGAAGUGGGUGAGUGGGGAUGUGGAGGUUGCAAAGAACGGGAAUGGGAGUGUGAGCGCAUCAGCUUCUGCUUCCAUGGUGCAAGACAUUGUUACGACUACAUCAUCGGUUUCUGGUUCGUCUACGGGAACGCCGAGGGGGACGAUUACGGGGGAUAUCAUCACGACUACUGGGUCUGCAACUGCUACGGCAUCGACAGGGACAGGGACAAGUACUCCGAAGGAUUCGUCGGAUAACUCUAUCUCUGCGAUGACACUCGGGGCGGGCCUAGGGGUUGGACUAGGCGUCCCGCUGCUCGUCGUAUCGGGGUUACUGAUCUUUUUUAUCCGGAUGCGAAGGCGAGCGCCGGCAGCGCCGGCACCGCCGGUCAAUGAAAAGGUCUACCCCGGCGCUGUGUACUAUCCAGGCCCGGCGGAGAUUGCCACGCAGAGACACAAUAUGGCUACGGAGCUGGAGGGAUCGACGAAUGGUCGACCGGAGUUAUAUGGGUAA